UUAGUUUAGAUAUGGAACAUAUGGAUCACUUUGGAAUUGUGUUCGAUAGCCCGAGAGGUUAUGCACCAGGUCAAACUGUUACUGGGCAGGUUGUUUUGAGAUCCAACGAGCCAAUCACUGCCCGAUUCUUGAAAAUCUGUAUUCACGGUGCUGCGCAUACGAAGUGGAGUGAAGGGGAACGACGAUACAGAACUAAUUGUGAAGGAAAAGAGGAAAGUUAUACUGAAAUUGUGCACUACUCUGCAGAAGUUGACUACGUCUCUGGAGAAACGAUUGCAUGGAGUGCAAGAAAUGGAACUGAAAAACUUCCAUCUGGCCACCAUGUCUUCCCGUUUGCAUUUCCACUCCCGAUAGAAUGUCCACCUAGUUUUGAAGGUUUCCACGGCCACGUUCGUUAUUCCGUGCGAGUUGAGCUUGACAGACCAUGGAAGUUCAACAAAAACGAAAGGGAAGACUUCAAAGUUAUUCCCAACUUUGACUUGAAUCAUCUUCCGUUGGGAAAUGUUCCUAGAAUGAUGAAGGAUGUGAAGGACAUUGGGCAAAUAUUUAAAAAAGGAAUAGUAACAAUAACUGUAACUAUCCCCAAAGCAGGAUAUGCUCCUGGAGAAUACCUGCCAAUCACAAUCGACAUUGACAAUGCUUCCAAACGUGCAGCAACGUUUGUGCGAGCUGAACUUCAUCAGCACUCGCAUUACAAUGCUAGCAAAAACCAUGGCCUCUUAUGCACUCAUUCGUCUUACCACGAACAUCACAAGGAUGAAAGCAAACGUAUUGCAGAAGCUCGAAAAAGCAUAAAAAUUGCUCCAAAAACCGCUGGCCGUGAAAUGCUGCGGAUGAAAAUCCCAAAGUCGCCACCAACAUUUACAAGUCCCAUUAUCAGCAUUGAGUAUUGUCUUUCUGUGAGGUUGGACACUUUAACAACCCUUAAUAAUACAUUGCACUGCGAGUUUGAUAUCAUCAUCGGCACAGUGCCAAUAACUGAAUCGAUCGUGGAGCCAACGGUAACUACCUUUCCGUCUGAUCCACCUGUCCUUGAGCGGCUGGAUUCCUAACCUCCAGCCUAUUCAACUGUGGUUCCAAGUGCUCCGACCGAUGAUACAGCGGGAACAUCCGCUCUACCGCCGUCUUAUGAGGAAUCAAUGUGUGUAACUAAAAUUUAAUUGGGUAUUUUAUUUUAUUUUUUCUUGUAUAAUUGUGAAUUAAUAAAAUUCUGGCCAUUUACA